UAGAGAAACUUUCUCGGUGCUAGACAUUUCGUUCGUGUGUCGGUCCGCUUGUUAUUUAUUUGCAGCUAUUCGGUAACACAUGCAGCGUCAGGACACUGUUGACGAUUGAGAGCACUUUGUGGAGAGAUAGAGAAAUUGGGCGUCCGCGACUCCGCUUCUUGCCAGGGGUGUAAUCAUUAGUCCAAAACGUUUUGGAACGGAAAUCGUUUACUCCAAACGGGAAACGAGAGUUUCUCAAUAGGCACAUGUAGGAAGGUCCUUCCCCGUUUGGUUUCUAGUGAAUACACCCCUGGCAACGCUCCGAAAUCACAAGUGAGACGCUCAGCUAAACCAAACCUAAUCGAAUUGAGACUUAACAUAUGGUUCAAACAGAGGACUUACUUCCCGGGACAGAGAACUCUUUGGAGCCGAAGUCAUGAAAGCACAGGUGGCAGAGUAACCGCAGGACAUCGAGACUGUUCUUUGCUGCAGUCUUUCCUCCAGACUCUCUCUCUCUUUCGUCUUCCAUUUCUCAUACCCGCUUGGCUUCCUUUCUCUGGUUCUCUACCUGCACCUAUAUCCCUCCUUCCAUCCGGGCAUCCAUCCUUCCUUGAGUCUCCCUCCAAUCCGGCGGCGCUGCCAUCAUGCGUCGGUUCAGCUCAGAGGGGUCCCUACUGAAUAUGGACUUCCUGCCGUGGAAGAAGGUGGAGCUGAAGAACCAGAACUACCACAGCCGGGACGGGGAGUCAGGCACCUACACCCCUCACCUGGGGGAGGACGAACUGGACGGGCGAACCACCUCUCUCCCCCCCACUCCCCUCAUCCUGGAGCCUGAGGCCAGCCCUGGGAGGACACCGGGGAGGGGGGAGCUGGGCAAGGAGCACAGCGUCAGCGUGGAGAACGUCACAGACCUGGGGAAGCCAGAGGGUAAGGGUCAUCUGAGAGUGGUGAACCUCAGUGAAGGAUGCAGGGCGUACAGUGACGGCCAGUUGGCGCCGGCGACUUUGGGUAGCAGCACAGAGAGCGUGGGCAGGCACGGCCGGCCUCCGCCCUCUCCCUCGUACUCAACCUCUGGCUCCAGCCCCUUCUCCUUCAAGUCACAACAACGGUCCCACGCCAGAGCCAAGCUGUCCGCAGCCAAGCUACAUCUGAAGAGCCUGUUUGGGCAGAGUCCCCAUUCGUCACACUCCAACCUGUUUAACCCAGAACAGAAAGAACAGAAAGACCGUGCUAAAGAGCAGCGGUCUCGCCUCCCGUUCCUUCGCCAAUGGAGUCAGGUGGGCCACAGCAAGGCCAAGUUCAGCCGGGAGGAACUGGAUAAGUGGGCUGAGUCGCUGGACGCCCUCCUGGCUAGUCGGACGGGUGUGUCUGUGUUUGGAGCAUUCCUGCGCUCAGAGUUUAGUGAGGAGAAUCUGCAGUUCUAUCUGGCCUGUGAGCAGUACAGAAACUCCUCCAACAACUUCAGCCUGCACAGACGGGCCAAGGAGAUCACUGUCACCUAUAUCGAGGCGGGGGCACCGCGAGAGGUGAACUUGGACAGUAAGACCAGAGAUCUAACCACACAGCUCCUACGGGCUCCAUCACACACCUCCCUGUCCCACGCCCAGAAACGCAUCUACUCCCUCCUGGAUACAGACUGCUACCCUCGCUUCCUCCAGUCCACCAUCUACCUCACCCUGCUGGGCCAGGCUGACUAGAGACUAAGGGCUCCAUUCAAUCCAUAUCGCCAAAGUUCAGCACUAUAGCGCAAUCAGAACAUUUUAAAGGCAAUGUUCCCGCGUUCGCGGAGACUGCAUUUCACGUUAAACGCUACAGCAUAUUUUGUCUCAAUCUCUGAACAUCCACAAUACAAAAUGAUUGGAGACCUAAAGCUGCAUCCCUAUUCCCUAAAGCUGCAUCCCUAUUCCCUAAAGCUGCAUCCCUAUUCCCUAAAGCUGCAUCCCUAAAGCUGCAUCCCUAUUCCCUAAAGCUGCAUCCCUAAAGCUGCAUCCCUAUUCCCUAAAGCUGCAUCCCUAAAGCUGCAUCCCUAUUCCCUAAAGCUGCAUCCCUAUUCCCUAAAGCUGUAUCCCUAUUCCCUAAAGCUGCAUCCCUAUUCCCUAAAGCUGCAUCCCUAAAGCUGCAUCCCUAUUCCCUAAAGCUGCAUCCCUAUUCCCUAAAGCUGCAUCCCUAUUCCCUAAAGCUGCAUCCCUAUUCCCUAAAGCUGCAUCCCUAUUCCCUAAAGCUGCAUCCCUAUGGCUGCAUCCCUAUUCCCUAAAGCUGCAUCCCUAUUCCCUAAAGCUGCAUCCCUAUUCCCUAAAGCUGCAUCCCUAUUCCCUAAAGCUGCAUCCCUAAAGCUGCAUCCCUAUUCCCUAAAGCUGCAUCCCUAUUCCCUAAAGCUGCAUCCCUAUUCCCUAAAGCUGUAUCCCUAUUCCCUAAAGCUGCAUCCCUAUUCCCUAAAGCUGCAUCCCUAUUCCCUAAAGCUGCAUCCCUAUUCCCUAAAGCUGUAUCCCUAUUCCCUAAAGCUGCAUCCCUAUUCCCUAAAGCUGCAUCCCUAAAGCUGCAUCCCUAUUCCCUAAAGCUGCAUCCCUAUUCCCUAAAGCUGUAUCCCUAUUCCCUAAAGCUGCAUCCCUAUUCCCUAAAGCUGCAUCCCUAUUCCCUAAAGCUGCAUCCCUAUUCCCUAAAGCUGCAUCCCUAUUCCCUAAAGCUGCAUCCCUAUUCCCUAAAGCUGCAUCCCUAAAGCUGCAUCCCUAUUCCCUAAAGCUGUAUCCCUAUUCCCUAAAGCUGCAUCCCUAUUCCCUAAAGCUGUAUCCCUAUUCCCUAAAGCUGCAUCCCUAUUCCCUAAAGCUGCAUCCCUAAAGCUGCAUCCCUAUUCCCUAAAGCUGCAUCCCUAUUCCCUAAAGCUGCAUCCCUAUUCCCUAAAGCUGCAUCCCUAUGGCUGCAUCCCUAUUCCCUAAAGCUGCAUCCCUAUUCCCUAAAGCUGCAUCCCUAUUCCCUAAAGCUGCAUCCCUAUUCCCUAAAGCUGCAUCCCUAAAGCUGCAUCCCUAUUCCCUAAAGCUGCAUCCCUAUUCCCUAAAGCUGCAUCCCUAUUCCCUAAAGCUGCAUCCCUAAAGCUGCAUCCCUAUUCCCUAAAGCUGCAUCCCUAUUCCCUAAAGCUGCAUCCCUAUUCCCUAAAGCUGCAUCCCUAUUCCCUAAAGCUGCAUCCCUAUUCCCUAAAGCUGCAUCCCUAAAGCUGCAUCCCUAUUCCCUAAAGCUGCAUCCCUAUUCCCUAAAGCUGCAUCCCUAUUCCCUAAAGCUGCAUCCCUAAAGCUGCAUCCCUAAAGCUGCAUCCCUAAAGCUGCAUCCCUAAAGCUGCAUCCCUAUUCCCUAAAGCUGCAUCCCUAUUCCCUAAAGCUGCAUCCCUAUUCCCUAAAGCUGCAUCCCUAUUCCCUAAAGCUGCAUCCCUAUUCCCUUAAAGCUGCAUCCCUAAAGCUGCAUCCCUAUUCCCUAAAGCUGCAUCCCUAUUCCCUAAAGCUGCAUCCCUAAAGCUGCAUCCCUAUUCCCUAAAGCUGCAUCCCUAAAGCUGCAUCCCUAUUCCCUAAAGCUGCAUCCCUAUGGCUGCAUCCCUAUUCUCCGCUCUUCAUCCUUUCUCCCAAAGUGCACACUUUUGUAGAUAUGGAGCAGUGGUGGGGACAGUUGCAGGAGAUACAGUUACAAUGCAGAGUUAGAGGGUUUAAGGGGUUUAGUCAUUCCAGUAGACGAACAGGCUUGUGUUCAUUAGGGCAUGGAACAGAAACACUUAAAAAAUAUGCAACGGAAAACAAAAAUGAGUGUUUCUUAUUGGACAAGUCCAGAUAGUCCCUCCCUGUUUCAGUCAGGUUUUUUCUUAAUUCGAUGCCUAAUGAACAUGACCCAGGUUCUUUUCUGCUUGGGGGGUGAAAGGGCUUAGGGAGGUAAAAGCAGGGAAAGCCAUGGGGUUUGGAUGGAAGGAGCUUGCCAAAGCGAUAAACGGAGGUUACGAGACAGGGGUCUGUUUUUUCCAUGACUUAGAGGGUGCAACCCGAGGUGGCGUGAAACUAUGCAGAUUUCGUUGUUUGUAAUCAUUAAACAUCCUCUUUUUAACUCGAUAGGUCCCCCUACGGUCCAAUGAGCACGUACGGAAUGGCGCCAGCGCUGACAGAAAGGAAAAACAGCCCGGGCAAUACGGAGACCUAGUUAAAGAACUUUGAGUUAAUCUACAGUGCCUUCAGAAAGUAUUCAUACCCCUUGACUUAUUCUACAUUUUGUUGUUACAGCCUGAAUGGAAAAUGUAUUAAAUGAUAUUUUCUAACCCAUGUACAUACAAUAUCCCAUAAUGACAAAGUAAAAACAUGUUGAUUUUAUUUUUUAUUUUUUUACACA